AUCCCACAGUAUGGAAAUAUUUUGAAUAUUCUUUGACGUUCAGCCAAUGAACUUGACUGUGGGAGGCUACAAGUUUUUUCAACAAUUCAAGUUUAAUCAGCCACCAGGUUUCCACGGGCAUAUUUGAUUCUUCAGUCUGGCUCCAAUAGUAAUAGUCACCUGGAUAUGCACCCUGCAACCUGCUGAUUCCCUUUCUUCAGCUAAGAGUGAAAUUCCCUAGUUCUGACUCCGGGUUGUGGUGCGUCGCCCUAACAGCUUCAUUAUGAGCCAAUCUGACCCAGCAGGAGAUGCUGUUGCCAGCCAACUGGCCUUGUGCUCCACUUGUGGCCAUCCACACUCGCAAGAGGAAAACCACACGUACAGCUACCAAGAAGAAGUGGAUGAUGAUAUCAUCUGCCAAAUUUGUCUGCAACCUUUGAUCCUUCCAAUCGAUACACCAUGCGGCCACACUUACUGCACUCUGUGUCUUACAAGCUUCUUGCUGGAGAAGGACUUCUGUCCGGUUGACAGGUCACCCAUCAUGCUUCAGACCUGUAAAAACUCCAGUAUCUUGGUUAACAAACUGCUGGAUAAGCUGCUGGUUACCUGCCCUUUAACAGAACACUGUUCAGAAAUCCUACAAAGGUGUGACCUGGAGCCUCAUUUAAAAAACAGAUGUAAAGGAGCAUCACACUAUGGCCUCUCUGGAGAGCGAAAGCGACGCUCCCAGGAUGAUGACUGCACAGGCUGCACGUCAGAGCUCAGUGUAGCCACCCUGCCCUCAGAUUUCCCAACCUCCGCAGCUGUAGCCUUAGUGACUGACGAGUCUGGUCUUGUUAACCCUGCCUUUGACCCAAGCGUGGAAGACAGCCAGUCAGACAACAGUUGCCUUCUCGCCAGAUCUAACACCAAAAAAAUCCGCCAUUUUGAAAGUUCUGCCAUGAGAAGCAGGUCUUUCAAACGGUUAAACCGAGCAUUCAGUGUCCUCCGGAGAACCAAAAGUGGUACUGCCGUUGUCAACGAGAGUGCCGAGGAAAGAGACAAUGAGAGGAAUGCAAAUGUUCCCGAGGAAGUUUUAGCCUUCCCACAGUUGCAUCACCUGAUCCCUGAUGGUGAAAUCACCAGUAUCAAGAUCAGUCGUUCUAACCCCAGUGAAGCACUGGCUAUCAGCAUUGUAGGGGGCAAUGAGACCCCCUUGGUCCACAUCCUCAUUCAAGACGUGUAUCGAGAAGGGAUCAUUGCCAGGGAUGGGAGGUUGUUGCCGGGAGACAUGAUACUAAAGGUCAAUGGCAUAGAUAUCAGAAGCGUGCCUCACUGCUAUGCCUUGACGGUCCUUAAGCAGCCCUGCCAGCUGUUGAGACUGACUGUGCUUCGCGAGCAGAGGCACAGGUACCGCAACAGUGGGCUGUCAUAUCAUGAUAACUACAGUACCAGGGGCGACAGCUUCCAUGUUAACUUGACCAAGAGAUGCCGAGAGGAGCAGCUAGGGAUUAAGCUGGUUCGGAGGCCCGAUGAACACGGAGUGUUUAUCUUUAAUCUGCUGGAAGGUGGCUUGGCAGCGAGGGAUGGGCAGCUUCAAGUGAAUGACAGAGUACUGGCCAUAAAUGGACAUGACCUUCGCAAAGGUUCUCCAGAACAUGCUGCCUUGCUGAUACAGGCGAGCGAGGAAAGGGUUCAAUUUAUUGUGUCACGCCAGACCCAACAACAGACCCCUGACAUCCUGCAAGAGGCCUGGUGGGACAUGAACAGCAGCCCCCCUCCUUACCCCACAGAGGAAAGAGACAGCGCCAGCAAGGUGAGCUCCAGCACUAGCAGCGCACAGGUACCAGGGCUGCCAAAGUGCAUUCAGAUACAGAAUGUGGUGCAUAACUUCACCUGCCAAGAGAAGAUUGUAAGCUUGACUAAGGAGCCCCAUGAGUCCCUUGGCAUGACGGUGGCAGGGGGCAAGUUGAGCAGAGGCUGGGACCUGCCCAUCUACAUCGCCAGUGUGGACCUUGAUGGAGUGGUGGGAAAUGAUGGCAGAAUAAAGAAAGGUGAUUUUUUGCUGAGUGUAAAUGGUAUUGAGUUAAUGGGUGUCACACGCAGUGAAGCAGUGACCAGACUUAAGAGCAUGUCCUCCGUCGUGGUCCUCAGAGCCUUGGAGAUGAGGGAAUGGGAUGACAGCCAAGCCCACAGCCAGUCGCCUUCUGAUGCCAAUGAGAACCUCAGCAGCAACAAUGAUGAUUGGUCACCCUCCUGGGUCAUGUGGCUCCAGCUGCCAAGGUAUCUCUACAGCUGUAAGGACAUAGUGUUAAGGAGAGAUACUUCUGGGAGUCUCGGGUUCAGUAUUGUUGGAGGCUGUGAAGAUUCUAAUAUAAACCAGUUGUUUUUCAUCAGAUCUGUUGUUGAAGGGACACCAGCAUACAACGAUGGCAGGAUAAGGUGUGGAGAUCUGCUGUUGGAAGUUAAUGGGAAAAGCACAUCAGGAAUGACUCACUCCUCACUGGUGAGGAUGCUUAAAGAACUGAGAGGAAGAAUCACAUUAUCAAUUGUGUCCUGGCCUGGCAGCCUGCUAUAGAAGACAAAGGAGUCAUAUUGGAAUAAUCUCUGAAGAGACCAACACCACUUUACGCUUAGUUUCUUUGUCUGGGGAUCAUCACAGGGUACCGAAACCUACCAGAAGCUUUAUUGCUCCCCAAGGAAAGUACAUGCAGAACACUGUAGGAUUCUGUAACCUUUGAGGAGACAUUACUGACCAGGGAAAAGACUGGGAUCAGACACGUGUUGCCAAUUACCUAGUUUAUACAUAUUAGAACGUGCAUUUGAUUGGAAUCUCAUUUAUAUAAAUGUUGCAGCCUGAUACUACUGAUUCAAGCACUUGUGUUUACUUUUCUUUAUUUUGUUAUUUUAAAUUGCCUUUUAACAAUGGCUCAAUUGUCCAUAUUGGAGUUAAAUUGUCUUUAUAUGUUAAGAACAGACUGACACUUAUUAAUCAUUAAGCAUAUUAAUCAAUGUUGUAUAUUUCUGACUCCAUUACAACAUUCUUAUACAACCCCAGUAAAUGUGUUCAUAUAAAUUUGUGAAAAAGUGAUGUUAUCAUGGGGGCCUUACUGAUUUUCAUUCUCUUUGCUGUACAUUUCUGUGGAAGUUAGACUGUGGAGGAAUUAUGUAUCUGGUCUGUCGACUUUUGGUUGUUUUACAUGCUUGAGCCUGUGUAACAUUUCUGAUGGUACCUUUGGUAAAAAAAAAAAAAAAAAAAAAAUUAAUAAUAAAAGUUCUUUAAU